AUGGCUAUGAAGACUGUUCUAGUUACCGGAGGAAACCGUGGAAUUGGCUUGGCAAUCUGUCAACGAAUCUUGGAGGAAACAACAGAUGUGAAGGUUCUUUUGGGUUCUCGUGACUUGGGACGUGGGCAGCAAGCAGCCGAUUUCCUCAGCAAGCAAAUUUCCAACUGCCAGGAGAGACUGGAAGUCAUUGAAAUGGAUACUUCGUCAGAUGAAAGUGUCAAGAAGGCUGCGUCUCAAAUCGAUUCCUUGUUUGGGAUUAUCAACAAUGCUGGUGUGAUCAACACUCCCUGCAUCAACACAAACUAUUUUGGGCCUCGACGUGUCAAUGAUGCCCUUGUAGGAGUUCUUCAACGUCCAGGCGGACGCAUUGUUAACAUUGCGUCAGCGUCUGGUCCAAACCACGUGUCUGGGCUGAGGGGUGAACUCAAGGAAAAACUGGCCAAGCCAUGGACGAUCAAGGGUGGAAUCUCAGAGCUAGACGAACUUGCUCACACCUUGACCAAAACCAGUGACAACUACGGAACUAGUAAGGCCUUGGUCAAUGCCUAUACCCGUCUUCAUGCCAAGUCAGAACCAGAUCUUAUCAUCAACUCGGUCACUCCUGGAUUUAUUGCAUCUGAUAUGGGCAAGAUGUUGGGAGCUACCAAACCAACUGCCGAUGGUGCCAUUCCUCCAGUCAAUCUUCUCUUGAAUGAAGAAUUUGCCAGUAUUCCAACUGGAAGAUACUAUGGAAGUGACACCAAGCGCAGCCCUUUGGAUGUAUAUCGAGGACCAGGCGACCCAGUAUAUGAGGGUCCAGAUUGGGAGUAA